CAACCACUGUGGCGUCGUUCGAGCGGAUAUUGUUUAUGAUCGACAUUUUCUAAAUCUUUAGAAAAUUUUGAUUCGCGACGUAUUUUUUAUCAAAAUUGCGUCUAAUUAGUUGAUAUUUUAUGCAAACAUUAGUGCAUUUAGUACGUUUUCUGAAAUUGAAUUAAAUUCACACCAAACUGUGGCGUAUGAACGUUAUGUGUAUGCCAAUAAGGCUAAAGUUUUUUUCGCGACCAUUAUAGCGGGAAAUCUACGUUGUGACGCGCACAAACCGAGAUUAUUCGUCCCGAGCACUGGCGGAGUGUCGUAACAGCACGGUUAUGUGGCCAUAUAUAUUUUGACAGUGGACUCGUGAUAAAAAUUGUUUUAUUUGACAAUGUCUGAGGAAAUGGCGGUGUCUGAUAACACAACUGGGGAUGAAGCUAAAGUUAGCAACGAUGAGCAAACAGCGGCACCUGUGGCGGAGCCCGAGGAGGUAGCAACAGGAGCGCCGAGCGAGCCUGUUGCUCCUGUUGUUGAGGUGCCCCCAAUGAUGGAAGAAGAUGCCCCGGAACCUGAAAUAGAACCAAAGAAUGAUGAGAAAGAAGAAAAACCUGAGGUUAAAAUGGAACCAUUGACCGAGGAGGUAGAUUUACCAUUGGACUCUGUGCAUACUGAAGUGGACCUCAAGAAGGAGGAACUGGACGAUGUGAAAGAUGAAUUUGAGACCUUUGAACAUAAUAUUGAGGAGGAUAUUAAGCGAGGGAUUAAACGGAGAGCCUCAUCAGCUUUCAGUGACAAUGGGGAUGAAGAUUUUAAAGGCUUUGAUGACAUCAAAAUUGAAGUCAAGACUGAGGACUAUAGUCGGGUUUUGGAACGCCUGGAAGCAGAGGUGACAGAAGCAAGCAAGGACCUGGUACCAAUAAGGACUGUGAUGGCUGCCCCUGCCAGAGCUUCAAAGCGACCACGCAAAGAUACUGAUGGAUCCAGGCCAUCGUCAGCGCUGUCUUCAAGAUCUGAUGAAGGAGGAACCACUGAUGUUAGUGCGGCAUCAUCACCUGCGCAUCGUGGUGGACGACGCUCCACCAUUGAGAUGUCGUCGCCCCUACUACGAGUGCCACUCGAGCGCGGCUGGAAACGUGAGCUCGUGUACAGAGCUGCGCUGGACGCUCACUCGAGGCGAAAUGCCGACAUCUAUUACUAUACGCCUUAUGGAAAGAAAUUGAGAUCUACUAGAGAGGUAGCAGAACAUUUGGCUGGUACCGGACUAACAGUGGAGAACUUCUCAUUCUUCAAAGAACCACUUGGCGUUGAUGAUCCUGAAAAGGAAAUUAUCAGAGACGCCAAACUUAUACGUCGCGUGGACUCUCCGAUAGCGGCCACGGUGCCGCCGACACAGGUGGAAGGCAAAAGGACUCCCAAACCGAAGGCCCCUAAAGGAGCCAGCCCUGAACCUGUGACCCCUGCUUCCACUGCCACCACUACUACAUCUGCCGGUGCCGCGAAUAAAUCUCCUCCAGCCAAGCUUAAGGUCAAGUCAAUGGGCUCCCGUCUAAGCAACACCGCAGCUCCUGCGACACCAACCCCACCAGCAAAGCAACAGAAAAAACCGCAACCAGCAGAGCAAAAGCCGCAACCGGCGCAACAACCAGCAACAACACCUAGUAAUACCGACAACAACAACACAGCUGCCUGGAAGAAACCGAGCGAUGACAAGAGGCGAGGUCGCGUGGCAAACGGCGCGGCGUCCCCGCCCACCGCGACGAUGUCGCCGCGACGUCGCGGGCGACAACGCGCAGACGACACCGACCACUUUACUGCCUUCUAUAACAAGGCGCAGGAGAGGAACUAUAAUGUUGUUGUGCAGAUCUUCCAGUACUUAGGCAUGCGUGAUUUAGCGCACUGCGCGCGAGUUUGCAAGCUGUGGAGACAGUUGUCCGCUACGCCAGCGCUAUGGAGGCACGUCAGAAUGAAGAAUUCACAUGUAAGUGACUGGGGAGGACUAUGCGCAGCGCUCAAACGCCAUGGGACGAAGAGACUGGACCUGCGCAAGAUGUUACUGCCACAGAACGACACCGUCUUCUGGGAACAGUUCGCGGAACAUAUCUCUACUGUCGACACGCUGGAGAGGAUAGAGAUGUGUCGCUGCCCGGCCCGCGCCGUGGAGGCGGUAUGCCGCGGCCUGCCCGGGCUGCGCGCGCUGUCGGCGCUGGCCAUAAGAGACGCGCUACUAGACCCCUCGCCCUUGGCUGAGCUUCCUCUCUUGCACGAAUUGCGCCUCAAGAGCAUGUCUGGCCUCUCCCUCACGCAGGAUCUAAGGCAUUUAGCCUCAUUGACUAAACUACAGCAUUUGUCGCUUACUAGUAUAAAGGAGCUGGGUUGGUGUGCGUGCGACGUGAUCGGGUCGUUGGAGAUGCUGGAGUCGCUGGAGCUGGGCGAGUGCACGUUCGGCGCGUCGUUCGCGGGCGUGCUGGCGCGGCUGGCGCGGCUGCGGCGCGUGCGUCUGGAGCGCGGCACGGCGGCCUGCGGCGCGCCCGCCUUGCUGCGCGCGCUGGCCACGCGGCCUCUGCUCACGCGCCUCGAGCUCGUCAACAUCGACGUCAAGCCCGGCUUCGACGACGCGCUGGCCGCCUGCCGCAACGUGCAGCGCCUGCUCAUCAUCCCCACGUACGUGUCGCAGUCGGCCACCACGAACCGCCAGGUGCUGUCGGGCGUGCUGCGCCUGGCCGCGUCGCUGACGCACCUCAUGUGGGGCGUCACCAUCGAGCUGCUGCGCGUCACCGAGCUCUUCAUCGACCAGUGCGAGCAGGCCGGCGAGCCCAAGCGGCGCGACGUGGGCGAGUGCAUCCCCGUGCUGAAGCCGGUCCCGGGCUGCCGCGCGGCGGAGGCCGGCGGCGGCGCGGGCCCCCCGCAGGUGGAGAUCCUGCCGCUGCCGACGCUGCAGCGCCUGCUGUCGCAGCAGCUGCCCCACACCAAGCUCAAGCUGCUGCGCAUCCCCUUCCACGCCACCUGGCGACAGUCACUCGCCGACUUCCAGUAGCCCUGAACUUACUAAUAGCUCGCCAACGUUAUACGGAAAUCUAUUUUGUGUAAUAUUACUAUGGACAUACAUAUUAUAUGUAGUUGGAAUAGCCUUUGUAGCAAACAGUUGAGCUAUGCCUGUUGUAAGGUUAACGCAAGCAAUAAUUUACCUAGACGAUUAAUAAACGUUAAACAUGUCAUUAAACUAAGCUUUGCAUUCACUAGAAUAUAUUGUCAUAUCAGAAAUUUUGCUUCACAAAACGAUGGAUAUACACAUUAACAGACAUAAUUUAUUUUGAAGAUAUUGAUAACUUCUAAAUUAUCGA